AUGGCUGUGACCAUGGCUCUGUUUUGGGUUUCUCUUGUUCUUUCAAUAAUUGGUUCAAAUGCCAGCGGAGAGUUCAACAUACUCCAUAGUCCAGACUCCCUAAAAUUCACGGGAUCAGGAAAAACAUCAGAGAGCCUCUUGAAAGAGAUAUUUUCAGCUGCUCUUGGACUGUCUGUUGAAGAGAAUUCAGAAUGGAAAGGAAUGUAUGUUGUGGAUCCUUUUAACACACCUGAAGCUGUGGUUGAAAUUUACAUAGAUGGUGUCCCAAGCCUUGGUCAUGCGGGAUUGAAAACCAAGACCUAUCCUUUGAUAGUUGAUGAAUAUGAACCAGACACCUACCACGGUGUGAAGCACCGAAUCGAGCAGCGCUUCACCAACGGCAGAAACAAAAUUGUUAACAUCAAACUGACUGAUGUUGAUGAGCUCAAGAAGAAUAUCUUUGGAGAGGCAAAGAAAUCCAAGCCAACGAAACUAAACCUUAUGCACUUAAAAUAUAAUGUAGAAGAAGACUACCACUUCUUGAAUGAGCUGGCUUCCCUGCAAGCUAUUACUACAAAGAUUGAGAAUGGAGGUAUUGUCCCUGAUAACAUGAUUGAUUUCUACAACUUGCGCUUCCGUACUCUGCAUCCUCUGAGUGACUUCCAUGGCCCUAACUCUGUCUAUACCAAAGAAGCCAAGAAACUAUUAGGUGAAGCUAUUGAUCAACUCAACAAGGCAUUCAUCAAAGCUUAUGAUGGCUCUGUAUUAGUAACUCUUGUCACUACCGAUGUUGCUCACACUCGCCGCGCCAUUCGAUCUGCUCCCGCUGCUGGCCCAGAUGGCAAGGCACCAGAAUAUGAAUGGCAAACAAAGGAAUUCAAAGCGGAAGAUGAAACUGAUGACAGUUACAGCUCUGAAUACCCUGCCAUCUUCAACAUUAUUCUUUGGUUUGCUGUUGUAAUCAUUUUCAGUCUGAUAGCGAUUGUAUACGCUCUGAUGGACAUGGAUCCUGGCAGGGACUCCAUCAUCUACAGGAUGACUAGCACAAGAAUGAAGAAGGACAAUUAA